CCCGCGAAAUUAUAUUAAGCUCUUUAAUACUUCUUUAUUCAACUUUGUGGUACGUAUAUCGUAAGAAUAGAAUUUCCCAUUUUUAUCGUCUUUAUUUUUAUAAUGGAAGAUUCUUCAUUGAGAUACGCUCAUAAUGAAGGUCACACUGAUGUUUGCUACGAUGACAGCGGCCAAUAUCUUUUCACCCAUGGCACUGAUGGGGAUGUCAGGAUGUGGGAGGGAUUUGAUGAUGAUGAUCCUGUUUCUCACCAUAUUGGUGAUCAAGUGUCAUCCAUUGCAUUCAAAAAUGGCACACUUUAUGUAGCAUCGGAUGCUUUUUCAGUUUCUUCUUAUGCAUUUCCCAGUAUUACAUUUGAAAGAAUUGUAGCUCAGUUUAAUACAGCUGUGUAUCAUAUUGUUUGUAGCAGUGAUGGAAAAUUAGUUGCUUGUGGAGGAGGGGAUUUUUCAAUAAAAGUAUUUGAUACAGCAGAGAAGACUUUGAUUGCUUUCAGAGGUCAUGAUGGUCCAAUACUGAGCUUGUGCUUUGACCCGGAGCAAAAAUAUUUGUCAUCUUCUAGCUGUGAUGGAACUCUGAAAAUAUGGAAUUUAAGUGAUCAAGAAUGUAUUAAAACUCUUAAUUUAUUUAAGAAAUGUAAUGAUUUUUGCACAGCAACUUCGUUAUGUCGACUUGACUGGAGUCCAAAUGGAGAAUUUCUUGCAGUUCCUGUUGAUAUAAAAGUUUGCUUUUAUACGAGAAAUACAUGGGAGUGUGUGUUUUCUCUUACUGAUCCAUGUUUAGAAAAGCAUUUAUCUCUUGUUACAUACUCCCCAUUUGGAAACUACAUUGCUGCUGGUGCUAUAAAUGGUCAAAUGCUUGUUUGGGAUGUAGAGAAAAAAACUACCGUUUCUAGAAAGAAACUUGAAAACGAAGUUGCUAUAAGUGGUCUGAAGUGGCAUCCAUCUGGAAAAGAUCUUGCAUUUUGUGAUGUUGAGGGACAUCUUGGUCUUUAUGAAGCACCUCUCUCAUCCUCUGAAAAGGAAACAGAAGGACAAGAUUUUAUUGAUUCUGCUGCAGAUGAGAUUAAUUUUGGUGAUGAUGAUGGUGAAGAUGAAAGUGAAUUUGAUAUUGGUGCAAUCAAAGCUACUUUAGAACCAAAAAUAUUUGGUACAGAUAAUAUUGUUGACAAUGAAUCUGUCAAAAGUGAAGUUGUUGAACCAAAAAUAAAAAUUAUAGAAGCUCCUAAAGCACCUGUUCAGACUGCAUUUCAACCAAGUUCAACUCCAGUCAGUUUAGAACGACGUUUCAUGCUUUGGAACUCUGUUGGAAUUGUCCGUUGUUACAAUACAGACGAAGAGAAUUCAAUUGAUGUGGAAUUUCAUGAUAGUAACAUUCACCAUCCUUUGCAUUUAAAUAAUGUAAAAAAUCAUACAAUGGCUGCAUUAUCUAAUGAAGCCUUGUUACUUGCUUCCCCGAAGAUAGAUGAUAACUCUAGCAAAUUAGAAUGCAUGCAUUUUGGAUCGUGGGAUUCAAAUAAAGACUGGACUUUAGAAAUGCCUAAAAAUGAAGAAAUAGAGGCUAUUGCUGUGAGUGAUGAUUGGGCUGCUUGUGUGACAGAUAAAAGGCUAGUACAUUUGUUCACUAUUAGUGGUGUUCAAUGUGAAGUUUUCUCAAUUCCUGGGGCUGUUGUAUGUUGCUCUGCUCGAAACAAACAACUUUCUGUUGUUUACCACAAAGGCUCAGGUGUUGAAGAUAAUCAAUGUUUCAAUUUGUUACUUGUUGAUGUGGAACUUGGUGGAAAUUCUAGAAUUAAAGACUAUUCUGUCCCUCUAACUUCAAAAGCAUUUCUAAGUUGGCUUGGCUAUACAGAUGAAGGUCAUCCAUGCAUAGUUGACACUGCAGGAAUAAUUAGUCUUUUAAAUCCAAGUUGUGGAUCUAAAUGGAUACCUGUUGCAAAUACUGCUCAAAAUUUAAAAGGGAGGUCAGAUACAUACUUUGUAAUUGGACUUUCAGAAAUAAAGCAAGAAAUAAGAUGUAUAUUAUGCAAGGGUUCAAAAUAUCCUGCUCUGUUGCCGAGACCUAUAAUUUCUGUCAUUCCAUUUUCAUUACCAUUCUGUGAAAUAGAUACAGACAGAGGAAAACUUGAAGAAGAAAAUGCAAGGUGCUCUUUAAUGCACAAGAGUAUUCAAAGUUUACUAAAAGAAGGUUUUGAUCUCGAUACUGAAUAUCGAGCUAUUGAAAAACAGUGGAUGGAUGUCCUCCUAAAAAUGUUUGCUUUAGCCACUAGAAUGGAUCGUGACUGCAGAGCUCUGGAUAUUGCACGAUUAAUGCCUAACACUGUUAUAAUUCAAGGGGCAAUUAGAUAUGCCACUCAGCGUCAUAAGAUUACUCUUGCUGAGCGCCUUAGUGAAGUUAUGAAUGAAAAACUUCUUGAAAGUACUAGAAUUGAAGAUGAUGAACUAGAAUUAUCAUCACCAGAAAAGUCUUUUGUAUCUCCAGAACUACCCCAUAUAAAACAUCGUUCUCGCAACUAUAAUGAAGAAGAUGAUGUCAUAUUAAAGCCUAAACCACUUUCUCAUGUUAGAAACGAAUCAUCGAAAUCUGAAAGUUUUGAAGAAAGUAUGGAAUGUGGAAACAUAAAAUCAAGUGAAGUGUCUGAUUUGAUGAAGGAUACUGUUUCUAAAAGCUCUCCAGUGUCCAACCCUUUCAAGAGUAGUAGCAAAGGGAAGGAACUUAGAAAGGAAGAACUUAGUCGUCAAAAUGGCAUUGAUGACAUUUUUCAAAACAGCAUGAAAACCUUGGCAGCUAAAGCAAACUCUCAUACACCAAAGGACGAAAAACCAUCAAAGAAAUCUAGGUUUAGUGACCAUAAGAAAGAAAAGACUCAACAUCAAGAAUCUGUAAAACCAAAAGUUGGUUUCCAGUUGUUCUUAGAUGAAAAUCGAGAAAAAAUAAGAACCUCAGCUGAAUCAGAACUCAGCGAAGCUGAAAUUGUUCGAACCGCCAUGAAGCUUUAUAAGGAGCUUCCUGCUUCUGAUAAGCAAAAAUAUACUUCAGCAGCUAAUAAAGAAUCCACAAAUAAAACUACGAAUGGUGAAGUUCCAGACAUAAACAAUUCUGCAGUUUCAAAAGACCAGACAGAAGUUCUAAAAGAUUCUGAAAAAGUAGUAUCCAAGAAAAGGAAAGAAAACUCUGAUGAUGCAGAAAAUGAUAAAACACAGAAAGUAAAGAAAGUUAAGAAUAAUGAAGAAAAGCUUUCCCAGACAACAGUGAACAAGCUAACACAAUUUGCUUUUACUAGAACUCUGAAGUGAAUAUUCAUUAUUGAAUGUAUGUAUAAGUAAAAUUGAUUUUAAGCGAUUGCUAUAUAUAUUUUGUAUUACAAUUUAUUAUAUUAAAUCCUUUUUUUAAUACUAAAA